CUGGAUGUAAAAAUAGCCUCUGAGGCUGUUUGUUUAAUCUGACUGUUACUUGACACCACACCGGUGCUGCUGCAGAGGGAGCUGUUUGCCUCCUCCCCACCAAGAACACCAUUUGGUUUCCCCAGGCCGGUCUCCGUUUGGCCUGGCUAAGGGGGAAGAAGUUUGGGCAACUGGGCAGAGCCAAGUACCCUCCAGGUCCUGGGAAGGCACAAGCAGCUGAGACACACGCGCGGGGAGAACAGAAGGUACAGUCUGCACACUUGAGGGAGUCUCAAGCCGACGCUUGAAGGGUGUCUGCUCUGGGAGGGCUGUGAGUGCUGAGGUGUGCAACAUGGUGUCUGCGGGGAAAGAGCACACUGGGUGCUCAGGCUCUUGAGGUUGUGUGUGCUUGGUGGACCAUGAGCAGAUUUAGAGCACGUAUGUGUGACUCGCCCUCUCAUGUAUCUGUCAGGGUGCUCAGCUCCUCCACGGCUGAGUGGGCACGUGCUUGUGGAUACGUCUGGUCCUUUCAUUGCCAAAUGGGACCACCAGGGUCCCAGGUUUUACAGCAGAGUUGAAGGAGGGUGGCAGCAACUCCUUUGUCGCUCUCAGCUGCAACAGACAGAGGCACUAACUAUGGGGACACUUUCUGCCUUUCUGACUUAUGGGCUUUGAAAGCACGUGGGUCUCCAACACAAAGCCCUCAGCAGCCUGCCUGUCCUCAUGAACCCCAGGGAGCCCAACCAGAUCCCUGUAAGUCAGGCUUGUCCAGUCGAAAGCCAUCCUUUUUCUCUGAUGGAGAUGAAUUGGUAAGCGGUGAGAACACUUUUGAUUAUGAAUAUAUGAAAAUUUAAUAGAAUUAAGAAAUAUUAUUUAGCACUUUAAAAUGCCUCUGUAAAUAAAAGAAUCAGAUGUGCAUGUUAAAAGAACGUCUGCUUUUCCAGCAUUUGGAAACAGUGGUGAUUGAAUGCCCUGUGUCUGGGAGCUGGGAUUUGUAAAUAAAGCUUUGUUGGCACACAGCCCAGCACAUUCAUUUGCAUACAGCCAGGCCUGCUUUUACACACCUGCCCAGGCCAUGCAGCGUGCAAAAAUGAAAUCAACUGUGUGAUUUUUUACAGAACAAGGUUGCAGGCUGCUCCAGGAGCCGAGUAGUUUUAAUCCAUAAUCACCCACAGCAUCAAUACAGUUCGUGCAAGCGAGCCUACUUCAAUUCGGUGGUUCACCCCAAAAUAAAGCAAACAGGAAGACAUGAAAGUAAGAAGUUUGAAGCAUGAAGUUGGGAGAAAAGAUGGGCAGUGACGACACCAAAUCUCAGCAUGAAAAACUGUCUGAAAAACACAGAUCCUAAAAGCCAGCAAGGCAGGCAACUGCAGCCCCCACUGCCAAAAGAGGGAAUAUAAGCAGUUGAAGAAGCUAUCUGAAUAACGCUGGUGGGCAGAAGUCAUGUGGGUGUUUUCUGACCACCGGUGAGCAUCUUCCUGGCCUGUUUGGAGCCACACUGAGCCCAAGAUCAGAUAAAAAAUAUAUAAAUCCUCACUUUGCUAUUGCAACCAGUCAACUCAAAGCUCUACCUCGUGGCAGGUUUAUUUCUCUUCUCUCUUGCCAGAAUCUCACCAAACGGCACCUACCAGCUGACAAAGACAGUCCUACUAAAGCCAACAGACUAUGCAGGGAAACAAAAAGUGCACAGAUGGGUUCAGUGAUACGUCCAGCAUCGGCAGCGUGCUGGAUGAUGCAGACAGGGAGGUGAGCAACCUCACAGACCGGGCAUUCCGGAGUCUGUGCAUCUCUGAGGAUGCAUCCUUCCAUGACUCUGACCUGGCUUUGUCCCCAGAUAGCAGCAGCCAGACGUUGGGGACUUUUCAUCAGGAAACAGUGAGCCACACCAACAGGAAAAGUGGGAUUUGUAGCCAGCUUCCAUCUCAAGGCACAGAACAUUCAGGCUGGGCAGCCACCUUCCAACAGCAGCCAAAGUAUGUUCAAGGAGAAGAAAAGUACCCCAAAAACAGUCCCCCAUCAACACCAGCCCAGAGGAGACUGGAGGUGCCCAUUUCUGGCCUGAGGAGCAGCGGCAAGCCCAUCUCCAAAGUCUCCUCACUAAUCAGAUCCUUUGACAGGACAGAGAUUCAACCUUGUGACAGCCGGCCUCCACCCAGCAAACCCCCGGCUCUCAAAAAAAACCCCAAAUUUGCACCCCUCCCAGAAAGUGGCGUCAACUUCUGCUUUGACUCUGCCUUUCUGACUGUUAGGAGGGUGCCUGCUGAAGUCUCUAACACCCAAAAGAGCAGCCACCAGCCUGGCAAAAGUCCUGGAGAACAGGAGUCUCCCAAGAACCCAGAAAUAGCCUGUCACGGCUCAGACAGCCUCCUCCGGACACCUGAGCAUGUGGCUGGCUCAUUUGAGCCGAGGUUUUCCUCUCCAACUCUCAAGCCAGCCAAAGGUGAGCCAGGAAGAGGUAAGGAGUGGGUUCCCAGGGGGACUUUUCUGCACAGUGAAAACAGUGCUUUUGAGUCGUGGAACACUCACCAACCAAAGCUCCUGGAGAGAAAGGACACUGCUGAAACUACCCCAGAAGGCAAAGCUCCCAAACUUUAUGAGGACAUGCCCUUGCUAAAGGAGCCCAACCCUGCUGAGUCCAAGGUCUCCCCCUGCCAGAGCCGGGAUAACUGUGCCCAGGAAGAGAACAAGUCAACAUCAAGGACUCAGUCCACAUCUGGAGCCUGGGGUACCAGGGAUCCAGGGUCCCAGGUAUUCCCUGUAGAGGGAAAUGCUUUACAGAUUGACCCUCAGGUGAAAUGCAGUCAAGCCCCAUGGAGGAAGCCAAAGACGGGCAAAGGAGGGACAGAUGGUCCACACGAUGCCUUGGAAGACAAGAAACAGCCCAAUAGGAGAAGCCUACCUCUGUAUCCAAAGCUCAACCCUCAGGGUCAACUUCCAGAAAAUGGUGUUCUAGACAUGCCAGAGGACUCCAGUGACCAUUACACUCCCCCUUUUAACAUCAGUAAACUUCUCACCCCAAUUAUAUCCACCAAGCAUGUCCUGGAAUCUUCAGACACCCAACCAGUGGAAACCAGCCCAUCCCCUCCGGGACAGCUGAAUGGGUACCAGAAGGGGCCUAAUGAGGCUCAGUCUCGAGAUAGCUACAAAUCCAAAGCACCCAGCCUGCUGUUCAACCUCAAGGACGUUAGGAAGCGUGUCAAGAGUACAUACAGUCCCUUGCCUCUCUUAAAAAACUUUGACGAGAAAACCAGGGAUAAGCUUGAUGGCAAGCAAGAACCUGUGAGCAACGGGGUCACCCUUCCCAAUGGGCUUGGCGAAAACCCUCCCGCCGAGCUUUUCAAGGAGACUCCAGCUGAUGCUCCUAGCGUUUUGCACAGCAGUACCCAGAAGGAUCCCGCUAUCAACCCCAGUGAGUCCCUUGUAGACAGCCACCCGGCCCUCCCCCUCUGUUCACCUUCAGCUGACUCCAAAUCCCACUUCUGUGUCAAUGGGGAGGCCGCAGAAAGGAGCAGUGAUGAGAAAGAAGAUGCUAAUGCAGAGGCAGAGCAAGCUCCUUCUGAGUGUGGUCCACACGCAGACUCCAGGGAACGCCUCCCCCGGAAACAUCUGUCCCUGAAACUCUGCAACAGGGAAUCUGAAACUGAGAAAAAGAAGCCCCACCAGCUGGAGAAUGGGCUUUCGAGAUCCAUCUCCCAAGAGACAGAGCCUGAGCAGGAAGUGGGGCUCCAGAACCCACCCUUGAACCAGAAGUUCUCCCCAGGCCCCCUCUCCCCUGAGGAGGAGGAUGUGUUUUACAGUGACAGUCAAUCGGAUUUCACUCCGUGCCGCCAGACAAAGGCUAAAUUCAGCACCAGCUCUUCAGAUCAAUCCUUCGCUUCUUUUGAUGAUCAGCAGCAGAAGAUGUGGUUUACAGAAGGCCCCCCGGAAGACAGGAAGAGUCAUGUGAGUGCAGGCAACAGUCAGAAGGAUGAGAAGGAGACCGUGAUGGAGAAAAAAGUGCCGCAGCAGCGUGCCUCAAGUAAUGGACAUACAGGUGUGGAAGACCACAGACAGGAGGAAAUGCAAAGAAAAGCACAAGGUUGGGAGGGAGGGAGACCCAGGAGGGAGUCAAUGGAAGAGGUCAAUGUCAGAGGCUCUUGGAUGGGGGAUGACAAGGAUACAGCUCUUUCCCAUGCCAAGGACUCAACCACCUUGCCAGCUUCUAGCAACAAGCACAGACUGUUCCCAAUUAAAGACAACACACUCAGAGCCACCCCGGUGAUAAAACCUAUCAUUCUGCCUCUCCUGAGGACAGUGUCCUCCGAGGAGUCACUUAGUGGUGGGCACAAAGAGAAUGAAUUCCCAAGGCAACCGUGGGGCGAAGACACUGGUGGCCUCUGUGCCUCAGAAAGCCAGGAAAUGCCUAACACCCCUUUAUCCAAUAGCAUGCCGGGCACACAGCAGAAGUGUGUGGUGUGUGAGGACGUGGAGGAGGACCCGGUGCACACUGCAGCUCAGGAUGAGACUUUUCAGCAAGGCCGGAAGGGGAGUUUCUCUUUUCAAUCACUGGUGGAAGAGGGACACGGGAUUAAGCCACACCCAGAUAUAAUAGAUGAAGCCCUAACAUGUGAUAAGAAAAUCAGAUCUGCAGACUCAAGGAAGCUGGCCCCCCCACAGCAUAUUCCCACCAUCUCUUUACCUCCAGAUGACUUAGAAGAGCCGACCCCCUCCCUGCCGCCCCACACGUGUUGGGAAGAACAAGACUUCCAAAGUCACUUUCUCUCUGCACCCAGAGCAGGACCUCCAGGAAGAAGGCUGGUCCCCAAUGAGGCAGCGACUUCCCCCAACCCCAGCUCUCUGGGAGAGAGCAGCACCUGCUCUCCUGUGGCCAGCAGUGUUUGGGAAGAAGCUUCCCAGUCCACUGGGGAACUGGGACUGCAUCGAGAGCCUCUGUGCCCCAGCCCCUGGGCCAGCCCAGGUUCUAUAAGGUUCACCCGGAGGGAGGACAUGACACAUGGCCUCACAUGGGAGGCUGAAGGCUCCGAUGCCCAACUUGAGCACUUGCCACAUCUCAGGACCCUCUCUCCAAAAGGUGUUUUGCUGGCAGAUGCUGCUGAGAAUCCUGAGCCCUCUGCUCUGCAGGAGAGGGCUGCAGGCAAGCCCCCUGCAGUCCCACCCAAGACCGAAAAGGCCUUGCGGAGGGCAAAGAAGCUGGCAAGCAAGAGGAGAAAGGGCGACCAGGUGCCCGGGAAGCACACAGAGGCCUGGGAGGGCAAGUCCUUCACAGAGGACACACAGGGGACAGAGCGGAGGCCUGUGUCUCCUGAAAAAGGGUCUCGGCCCAGAUUCCCUGCUGUCCGCUCCCUGCCCCCACCCAGGCACCGCCACUCUGUGUCCUGUGGCUGGGAGCCCACUGGGAGGCGGCCUUGGGGACACCAGUCCCUCACGCCCCUGCCCCCUUACCCUGCCACCCAGAAAGUGCUCCAGGAUCCCCAGUCGGGGCAAUACUUUGUCUUCGACGUGCCUCUCCAAGUGAAAAUCAAGACUUUCUACGACCCAGAGACUGGCAAGUAUGUCAAGGUCUCUGUUCCAUCCUCAGAGGAGGCCUCCUCCGAGCCACCUCUGCAGGAUGCCCUGGCUACUCCCUACCUACUAUAUCCCGGCUUCCGGCCAGUGCCUGUGACUUCCUUGAUGCCUCUGCGCUGCUCCUCUCAGCUAGCAGCUCCCACCUUUCUCAGGCAGGGUCCCAGCCACAGGCCCCAGAGCUCCCAGGGUGCUAGACUGCAGCUGCCCCCUGAACAUCUGGGUGAGUCCACCCAACAUGCCUCUGGCCAGCUCCCCCGUGGGCCUCCCCAUAGUCCAGAGGAAGAGGGCUCAGAAGCUCCAGGCCUAAACAUCAUCUCCACCAAUGACCUAGAGGACUUUGCCACAGAGGGUGUUUCUUGAGAAUUGAAGCAGACUGACC